CUCGUGGUACCAUUUAACAACAAGACCAUUUUCGUUCUCAUCGAUUUUGUAAAUACAAGAAAGCUUGAUUGGUCCAGUACCAUUAUGUACAACUGACGGCACAUCUAUUCUUUCAAUUAUAGACGCAUCGAUCGCUAUAAUAAACAGAUGAUCCGCGAGAAGUUCUUGCUACUCUUAAUUCCUUGGGAUUUAUUGGUAUUACUGCACCCCAACUUAAAGCUUUUAUGAAAGAUUUGAAGAUAUACAAGAAGAUAAAAGAACAUGAAAGACAACAACAUAAGGAAGAAAUCAGAAAGAAAAUAAUGAAAAAACAACAGCAUAUGUUUCAUGAAAUUCUUAGUGAACAUUUCAAAGAAUUAAGUGAACAAACCAAUAAUAAUUCCAAUUCUUCCAAUUUUGACAAUGAAUCUUUAGUAAAAGUGAAGAUUAAAUGUAUCCCAAAAAAUAAGGAAAAUCUACAGCAAAGAUAUAUAAAAGAACAAUUUGAUAUACCAUUGAGAGAACCAUCAAAUCUGGUAAAAAACAAAUAUAAAAAAGUAAACCUUAUCGAGGACUCGUGCUUAAAUAGAAAAGAUUAUAAUUGUAUAGAUUCUAAACCUCAUUCAACUGUACUACGAUCCAAGAGUGAUAAUCAAUCUUUUGUCAGUUCUUGUUCUAUGCAGAAUGUUUAUAAUGCAAAUUAUGAUAUUAAUAAAUAUAAUACAAUUUCUCAAGAACAACCAUUAUAUUCAAAGCCAAUGUUAUCAGAUCGUAGUAGACCAAUCAGUGCCCCAAAUAUUUUAGAAAAUAAUCGUAAAUCAAGAUCAAAAAGUAUAUUGUCUGAUCAUUCUACUACUGUUCGAUCACAAAGUCUUCCACGUACUAAAAGUUCUAGCUGUUCCACACAUAAAUCAUUUAUUCGGCCAUGGCGAUUACACCCUGAAGUUCAAAAAAAUACAACAAAUAAAAAAUGUGAUCCUGUUGCUCUUUAUCAAAAGUAUCAGGAAGAAUGGAAGCAGAUAGCAUUUCCUGGAGAAGCGAAACAUAUGACUGUAAGGUGGGCUGUACGUGAAAAAAUGCUUGGUGCUGAUCCUCAUCCUCCACCUUUACCAAGAAAAUCCACGAGUGUACCUAUAUUGAGAAAAAAAUGACCAUAAAUAUGAUAUAGCAUGUAUAAGAAAUUUUAAUUUUUUCCAUCAAUCUGGGAUAUUCCUGACAAAACUGUAUUUACCAUUACGAUUUUACGCUGGAUAUUCCCAAUGAUAUUAUUUAUAUUGUUACGAUCAUUUAUUACAAUAUUCUCGAUAUGAACGAGCCGCUUUUGUUUGAAAAGUGAACUAUAUAUAAUAUAGCUUAUUGUACGACACACACAUUCUUAUGUGCAGUGCAUUUGAAAAAAACAAAAGAUAAGACUUAAUCCUGUAUAGAAUUAGUGUUUCUUUAAUAGAAUUAAACACAUACAAUUAGGAUUUCCUGGCAAUAAUUUUGAGCAUGAAUCAUUGAACGACAAAAGUAAUUUCCAUCAACAAAAUAUUCAUGUGCAUAAUUAUAAUGACGGGAAAAAGUUAAAUAAUAUGUAUUAUUAGAUAUUUAUUUUUUUAAUACAAGAAAAUAAAAUGAUUAUCAUACUACAUAUUUUAAGUAAAAACAAUCUAUGUAAAUAAAGUUUUGAUUAUAUGAUAUAA